GAAUACUAGAGAAUAAUCAGAAUGAGAGCACAGGAAGAAGUGGAAAGAGUAGAGAAAGGGAGUUUGAAGGAGAGGACAGACAGAUGAGAGACAAGACUCAAAGUGAUACCUCUCUUAAGACAUCAAAGAGAGACAGAUCUGAAGACAGAGACAGAGGUGAUAUCAAGAGAGCCGUUCACUUCAAUAGUCAGACACGUUUUCCUGAUGAAGAGCUCACGGAUUUGGAGACCAGUUGUCGUGUGGAAGACAUACCACAGAGUGUCAGCUCUUCUCGAGACCCACUUCUGGUCGAAGGGAUGAUCGGCGGACCUACUCUUCAAUCAGACGACACACUCAACGAACAGACGAACGGUCGAUAUCCUCAAGAGUACAGUCAAUCGCACCAGAGGUUCAUCAGAGAUGGUAAGGGGCCGGGAGUUAACCUUCAGUCUCAGGAGUCAUCGUUGGACUGUUGGCCUGGGAGUCAAGAGUGGGACGACACCGCAUCUCAAGAGUCGUACGACUGCAACAACUCUAUGGCGGACAACAGUUCCAGUUCUUACGACUCAGUUCGAGAUAUAGAGGAAUCAGACACUGAAUCGAUGGCUGAGUGGAGCCCUUCAGUGAUGACUUCCACUCCCAAUGUAUACUCGGAUGCCAUCCAAAGCCGACAGUCGAUUCCUAAGAGGAGUCAUACCCUAUAUGGACAGCCGUUGCCGUCGAGACAACUGAUGCAACGCAUUGAGGUCGAGCCUCCGAUCCUUCCCGACGGCACUCAUAAUAAUCAAGAGAGCAAUACAGGCGACAGACAGGAGAACACCGACAGUGAGGACACGCGUGAAGUGGAAGAACCGACGAAAGGAGAGGCGUUUGUGUUCAUACGGCACGACAUACUCCGACUCAAAGCACACACCGUUGGCCUCACAGAUGGACUCAUUGUAUGGUUUCUAUUCUCCAAAGUCUGGCCAUUGAUCGCACCGACAGUUCAGAGACAGUGGACAGCCAUUCGCAAAAAGACAACUAAACUGUUGUCUUCUGAUAUCGACAGUGAGUCUCAAAGUAAUGACAGGAAAGACACCAAAACUGGUGAUCGCAUACAGACAGAGACAGACAUCACGACAGCAACAGAUCCGGUGGACAGCAAUGAGGAGACGAAUAGCUUUACGCCGACGAGAGAAGACAUAGAUCGUCUCAUUAGCCCUAAGGGUAAGGGUUGGCGCCGGACCUCAAGUGACUACUUAUAUAAACGUGUGUUGAGAAGGACUGCACAACUCGGGUGUCUGUCCACUGAUUAUAACUCACAACGACUGCUGUUUGAGUUGUUGAAGAGGAGGACAGGGAUGGCUGCAAAUAGCGAUGAAUUGUGUCUUCAAAUCGCUGCUCGUCUCGAGAUUUUCAUACAAACUAUGUAUGGCUGGGAGUUGUGUGUCAAACCACAGCACCUGCAUCUCGCUCACUUAGUCCGGGAAUACAAGCGCCGUAUGAAUGAGUUGAAUGCAAACUGGUUUGGAAGGACUAUAGCCCACCGUUUGUGGGACACUGUCCUCCUGGGGCUCACGAGAAUGCGGUGGGCUUUGGGACGAUUGGUGGCCUCUGAGGCCGCAGUAGGCGCCCAUCGAAGCCUCCUGACCCGGAACCUAUCAAAUGAAAAUCCAGUGCUGCCACAGCUCAUGGAGUUGUUGAACGAUAUGGAAAUGGAUCCCAAGCUAACUGUAUUGAAAGCCAAUUUACAUCCCGAUGACACCCCUUACACGACAUCCCACGAGAGCGAGUCGAGCGGUGCGUCUGGACGUGUCGUUCCCCACGACCACAAACCACUGAACGAGAGUGGGAUCGACGACUUGACCAUCACUUCCAGGGAUCAAUUUGCACCU